CAGGGUCGGAGCUGGGCUGGGGAGGGCGGCGGCCGGACAGGCAAAGAAAGUGACACGCCACGGCCGAGGGAUGGAGAGAGGAGCGAAGUCCGAGGCUGCGCUGUGAGGGGCAGGACCGGCGUGAGGAGGCGGGGCUCCCGGGGCCGGCCCGCGAUUGGUCCCCAAGGCCCGCGGCCUGCGCCGGACUCCUUUGGCGCGUCCCGGCUGCCGCUGGCUUACGGGCUCGGCUUUCGUCCUGGGGCUUUCUGCGCUGCUCUGCGUUCUUUCUCCAAGCGGCUCCUCUCUCUUCGCUUCCCAGGGGCAUCGGUGCGCGAGACCUGACGGCCUGACUCCCAUGGAAGAGCCCCCCGCGCCCAGCUCUGCUCGGAGAGAGACCGAGGAGCCGGGGGCCCUCGCAGAGGUCAUGGAAGAGGUGACAUCAUGUGCCUUCAACAGCCCUCUGUUCCAGCAGGAAGACAAGAGAGGGAUUACCUACCGGAUCCCAGCCCUGCUCUACGUGCCCCCCACCCACACCUUCCUGGCCUUUGCAGAGAAGCGUUCUUCAAGAAGGGAUGAGGAUGCUCUCCACCUGGUGCUGAGGCGAGGGUUGAGGACUGGGCACUUGGUACAGUGGGAACCCCUGAAGCCACUGAUGGAAGCCACAUUACCUGGUCAUCGGACCAUGAACCCCUGUCCUGUGUGGGAGCGGAAGAAUGGUCGUGUAUACCUGUUCUUCAUCUGUGUGCGGGGCCGUGUCACCGAGCAUCAACAAAUUGUGUCAGGAAGAAAUGCUACCCGCCUCUGCUUCAUCUACAGUCAGGAUGCUGGAUGUUCGUGGAGUGAGGUCAGGGACUUAACUGAGGAGGUCAUUGGCCCAGAGGUGAAGCAUUGGGCCACAUUUGCUGUGGGCCCAGGUCAUGGCAUCCAGCUACAAUCAGGGAGGCUGGUUGUUCCUGCAUAUGCCUACUACAUCCCUUACUGGUUCUUUUGUUUCCGGUUACCAUGUAAAGCCAGGCCUCAUUCCCUGAUGAUCUACAGUGAUGACUUAGGGACCACAUGGCACCAUGGCAGGCUCAUUAGGCCCAUGGUGACAGUGGAGUGUGAAGUGGCAGAGGUGACUGGGAGGGCUGGCCACCCUGUGCUAUAUUGCAGUGCCCGGACACCAAACAGGUGCCGGGCAGAGGCUCUCAGCACUGAUCAUGGUGAAUGCUUUCAGAGACUGGCCCUGAGCCGACAGCUCUGUGAGCCCCCACAUGGCUGCCAGGGCAGUGUGGUGAGUUUCCGGCCCCUGGAGAUCUCACGUAGGUGCCAAGACCCUAGUGACAAAGAUGCUCCCACCAUUCAGCAGAGCUCUCUGCUGGACAGUCCGCCGAGGCUGGAGGAGGAAAGUGGAGCGUUAUCAGAAUCAUGGCUCUUGUACUCACACCCAACCAGUAGAAAACGGAGGAUUGACCUAGGCAUCUACCUCAACCAGACCCCCUUGGAGGCUGCCUGCUGGUCCCACCCUUGGAUCUUGCACUGUGGGCCCUGUGGCUACUCUGAUCUGGCUGCUCUGGAGGAGGAGGGCUUGUUUGGGUGUUUGUUUGAGUGUGGUAUCAAGCGGGAGUGUGAACAGAUUGCCUUCCGCCUGUUUACAGACCAAGAUAUCUUGAGCCACAUACAGGGAGACUUCACCAGCCCUGGUAGGAACCUAAACUAAUUCAAGACAAACUAAUUGGCUUAGGAUCCAACUUUCCCUAGGAGGGAAUGACAACCAUAGCCAGGAUAACAGAGGUCUGCAGAGAAUCCACAAACUUAAUAUUCUGCUCUCUACAUUUUUUUACUUCUCCCCCACCAAGGUCAAAAUGAAAAUUUUGUCAUAGCUACUGCAGUGGGAAAAGCAUUGAACUGGGAGUUGGGACACCAUGGUGUGGUCCUGGCUCUGCCACUGGCUUGCUUUAGGACCUUGGAAGUGUCACCCGAACUCGGCCUCAGGUCUCCAUCUGUAAAAUGAGAGGAUUGGUUCUGUGAUUUCUUGCCUUCCCAUCCCUAGGAGAGGCAGUGUCUGCUCCAUGAUCAGCAAGUCCUGGCUGCCUAAGGAACUUUAUCUCAAAAUGGAAAUCAGAGGAUGUAUCUUUUCAAAUGACUUGCCUCUCAUCCAAGUGUGAGGUUACAAGCAGGUGUCAUGGCGGGAAGGAAGAUCUGGAUGGUUUGUUCCAUUUUUAAUAAUAGAAACACCAACACCCUUCCAAUCAUGCUCAGAGCUUUUCAGGCUGUCUGUCUUAGAGGAAUUGAGCAACAUGGAAGAAUCAUGAGGUCACCUACCUUCUCCAGCUUUGCAGUGCUGCUCAACCUUCCCUUCUUCAUCCAGAUAGCAUCAUUUCCCAGGGAGAAAAAUGAGAAGCUCAGUGCCAGUGGUCCUUGAUAAUCAUGCUUAUUGCUUCUGAUGGCAUUACCCCGAUGAAAGAUGAGUCUGAAGUCACUUAUUAGGAUGGUUUUUGAUGGGAAAAGGACUUGGGAGGAACAAACAUGAGGCAGGAAGGAGGAAGGAGUGAGGGGAGGGCAAUUUAGAGAUGGAUAUCUUAUGAGUGCUGCUGCUAGAUAUCUCUGGUCCACACUGGUAUGUGACUGAGGUCCCUUCCUUGAUUCCCUUCUUGGAUAGUCCUAAAGAAGUCUUGGUAUUCUCAUUCUCUUUAUCCUUUAGCCCUGGUUGUAGAAUUUAUCCAACCUCCCUGUUCCUAUCUAUUUGGGGUAUAGUGCACAGGAAAGCUUUGCUGAAAAAGGAGUUUCUACUACUCAGGAGGGGGCUGACCUUUUGGUCCUCUCCCCUUCCCCCAAUUCCUCCUUGUACUACCAAGCCUCUCCACCCCUAGACCCCCACCACCCUCUACUUGCUAACUUGACAGAAGUCUUCCCUGACAGUAGGCUUCAUAUAUGGAAGCAGAGGGAAGUAUUUAUGCAUUAUUUCUUCAACAGCUGGAAGGACCUGCAUGUCAGGCUAAAUUCAAAACAUCCUUUAGUAGGCACUGGGGAGCCACAAAUGAUUUUGAACCAAGAAAUGGCAAUAGAAAGUCCCUUGCAUUACACACAGCUGCUCAAGAGUGCUAUAGGCACUCCAACUCAGUUUGUGCCAAUUAUCCAAAGCCUUUGUGGCCCUGGGACCUAUACUGUGAUCCUGGGACCCUAACUGAGCCUAUUUCAGCCAUCCUCAGGUUGGUAGAAUGGAGAAGAUAAGGGCAGGUAGUAGCAGCUGUGGGGAAAAGACGAAAGCAGAUGGGAGGCCUAUAAUCUAUAGGCGAGAAGAGAGGACUACGCAGGACUACAUAGUCCUUUGCCCUUAGGCGCCCCCACCCUGUCCCUUGGACCCUUAGAAAGGAUCCAUCUAGCACACAUGGCCCCCCACUGGGAGUGCAAGAAAACAUGGAUACGUGCUUACUGUUGCUGGUAUGUACCCAGAUCAGCCUCCUACCCGUUCAACCUGCUGGCCCAGUGUAUGCUCCUCAACUCCCGAGCUCCUAAUGUUUACCUCAGGCCCUUGUUUUUAGGAUGCCUUAUUUGGACCUGUUUUUCCUGGUCACUAUCUCCCCUCAGAUAUCCACAAGAUAUCAUGUUGCUGCAGCUAAAGGGAGAAGACUUUUCACCCUGCCUGUUGGGUAACCCAAAGGACCUAGAGAGGUCAACUAGGAUUUGAUAUCUCCACCUGGGCCAGAUUAGGCUGCCCACUCUUCUCCACUAGGCUAUAAGUUUUCCCCACAGCAUUAUUCAAAUAGAUGUUGUGUCAUCCUUCUCUGGGCUGCCAGAGUUCACAGUCUGAGCCUCCCUUUUGUGCUAACCAUAGGCUGCUAUGUAUUAUCUGUGCUAUGCCCUCUAGGCCUCUGCUAUGCUGUGAACUUCUUGAGGGUCAGACUGUCUGACUCCUGUCUGUAUCCUUUUUACUUUAAUCAAAAUGACUUGUCUAUAAAUAUGUGCUUUUUCUAUUCUGGAUAUUAUGUAGGGACUAUGUCUGAUUCCUCUCUUUGUCCUCUGCGCCCAGCGCAGAACGAGUAGACAGCAGUAAAUAUAUGCUGACUAAAUGAGUGAGUCAAAGGCCCUUGGAGGGCCGGCCUGUGGUUCACUUGGGAGAGUGCGGUGCUGAUAACACUAAGGCCACGGGUUCGGAUCCUUAUAUAGGGAUGGCCGGUUAGCUCACUUGGGAGAGCGUGGUGCUGACAACACCAAGCCAAGGGUUAAGAUUCCCUUACUGGUCAUCUUUAUAUAGGAUUUAAAAUAAUAAAAAAGGGCCCUUGGCCUUCUGGAGCUAAUUGAGUAGGUCAGGGGGAGUUCCACCACAGGGAGGAGGAUGCUGCGUCCCUCUGUGGAUUGCGUAGCUUUUGAACCCUGAUGAAUACUCACCCGAAAUGGGUGUUCUCUGUGCUGGCCUGCUUCUGGGAAUGGGCUUUUCUCUGGCUUGACUUGGUCCUGCCUGGAUGUCCCAAGGAUCACAGUCCAUGCCCAGGCAAACCUUGAUUUAAGGUUCUCAUUUUACUGGCAUUUCCCCUCUGUCCCCGAUUGGACUUUCUAUAACUGCCACUCUUCCAGGAGUCCACGGAGGUGCUGAGGCUCAGUGUGUUCGGAGUGUGUCUUGGCUCUGUGAUGCCAAGUGCCAGAAAUACUUUGUGUACCAUAAAAACUACUGUCACUCUUUGAAACAAGAAAGAUGAAUAAAGAGCUUAAUUCUGGUCACUGUUUUUUGUUGUUAAGAUUAUUAUCCUGAUAUUUAGUUUGUACCCAAUUUUUUUCAAAAAAUGAAUUUGAGGCAAUUUCUAACUUUCCAUAAGAACAAUUACUUUCAGAAAACUUUAUUGAUAAUAAUACUUUGAACUUUUAUGCAUUGUCAUUGGAAUAUAGUUAGUUACCUAUUAAGAGACUCAGGGCAGGGAUUAUUGUGACUGGUUUGAGAGCAUGAUAUUACACACUAGCUUUUUUUUUUUUUAAAGAUGACCAGUAAGGAGAUCUUAACCCUUGACUUGGCGUUGUCAGCACCACGCUCUCCCAAGUGAGCUAACUGGCCAUCCCUAUAUAGGGAUCUGAACCUGUGGCCUUGGUGUUAUCAGCACCACACUCUCCCAAGUGAGCCAUGGGCCGGCCCCUACACACUAGCUUUUAGGUGGAGGAGCCAGGGUGCACAGAAUCACCACUGACACCAGCUCCAGUGCUUGUCUGUACAUGUCUUACUCUUUGUUCAAAACACCUUGAGGUUAUUCUCAAAUUGUAGCUGAAGAGGCCACAAAAACUUAACCUAAAUGAAAUGGGGUGUUAGCUUAACUCCUGAUUUGUACUUGAUUUUGUUUGUUCCAUGGGAAUGCUUAAGGCAUUUCUGAGUUUGGCCAAAUGCUUCAGGAUAACUCCUUAGGUUUUGUUAGUAGAUCAGUCUGCUUUCUUAAAACAAAUUCACUAUUGGAAAGGUUUCAAAUAGACAUAUCUUUUAUUAUAACACUGAGAGUUAUGUAAUAAUGAAAGAAUAAAUGAA